AUGCCAACAUGCUUGAAAUGGACUACCUUGAAUUCAUCAAGUCCACUCAACUCAUCAAAGACAAACCUAUUAUUUGUAAGACCAUUUCCUCAAAAUUUUAAUUAUUUUGCUUGGUUUAAGGUGAUGAUCGAAAUGAUAAAAGAAUCACCAACACAAGGGAUAUGCUACAUUUUUAAGAAGUCGCUCAUUUCAUCAUUGAAACUCAAGGAUGUAUGGAAGUAUGUGAAGUGGCACAAUAACAAGGCAAAUGAAAAUUCACAACACUACAGGGCUAAUCAAGUUUAUGUAAUGGACAACACAUCUUGUCCUGAGAAAAUGCAAAACAAAAAGGGAAAAAGCAUAACGAAUUGCUCUGAGACUUAUCAAGAUCAAGCGGUAGAUUCUUUAAUAGAAAAAAAUGAGGCAAAAAGGUCUAAGAGAAUGAGAAGUACGAUUGAGGAGGCACAAGUUAAACGUAGUGCUCUUUUAGAAAAAGAGGAGGAUUAUUCUUUGCUAUCGAAAAUAAGUAAAAAAAGACCAGAAAAGAAAAGACGAAAUCUGAAAUGGACAACAGAGCUUGAGAAGAAAUUAGACGAGGUUGUUCGUGAGUUAGGAGAAAAAGGUAAGUGUUCAAAGACUUUAUUUUUAUUUCGAUAG